AUGGACGAAUGUCGCGCAUCGACGCGGCCAGAGCCCAUGAAUGCCUCACCGCACCACUCCAAGGUCAACGUCUCGCUCACGCUCUCUGACCAGUGCUUCGUCGCAGGCGGCGCAGUCACCGGGAAGAUGCAGAUGGAGUGCAGGGCAGACAGAGGCCUCGGCAUCGGCCUCAUCCUCGUCGAGCUCGUCGCUAUCGAAGAGCUCACCUCGCGGGACCACUCGGCCACCUCCACCUUCCUGCACACCCGCAGGCUCUUCCAGGGCCCCGGCCUACCGCCUUCCAAUGCCGUCCUCCCCCACCCGCUCGCAGGAGAGCCCCCGCUCCCCGCGCACCAUUACCCUGCCCGCCGCGGGCUCACCACCUUCCUCUUCCGCCUCCCCGUUCCGCCGACCUCCCCGUCCGCGAUCAACUUCGGCGCAGGCCUCGCGCGCGUCCGCUACGAGGUCCGCGCGGCCGUCGGGGUCGCGUGGAAGGGUGAGAACAAGCUCGUCACGGACAAAGCCGACGUCGACGUCGUCGAGGUCCCAGACGAACGCUUCGAUCGCGCAGAUCCCGAGGGCGUCGUCGUCGGCGAGCACGGCAAGAUAUGGAUCCAAGGCAGCGUCGUUGGCGGGUGCCUCGUCGCCGGCGAGAGCGCGUGCGUCGAGCUUCAGGUGAAGAACCACUCAGCCAAGAAGAACUCGUCGCUCUCGAUCACGCUCACGCGGCACCUGCACCUCUCAAAUGCGCCCGGCCCGCCGCGCGCGCCGCUGCAGAUCAUGGACACGCUCGCGACGGUGCACUUCCGCGGGCCCGAGUACGUCGCGCACCCGGGCACGGAGGGCGUCGCGCUGCUCGUAUUCGACGUUCCUGCGCGCUCGCGCACGGUCAAGGGCGGCGAGCGGCACGGCGGCGAGGAGGACGCGCAGUCGAAGGAGCCGCUGUUUGAGGUGCGGUGCACGCUGAACGUGCGCUUCGCGAUGCCCAUCGGGAGCAAGGACAUCCACCUCGACUUGCCCGUCACCAUCUUCCACCCCUACGCCCUCCCCUCACUUCCCCCGGCCCCCGCGCUCUCGCCGCCCCCACUUGCCUACGGCGCGCCCACAUACGACCUGCCCCCGCCCUUGCCCAUAUCCUCGUCUCCCCCGCUCGCCAUGCACUCGCGAGCGCCCUACCCCGACCCCGCCCGCGCGCAAUCUCCCUACGCCUACCCCUUCACGCCGCCUCCCCUGCCCCCACAGUCUCAGGCGCUCUAUGACCCGCACGCACCCUGGUUCUUCCCCCCGCCCCACCCCGCGUUCUCCCCCCCGCCACCGCUGCAGCAGCAGCACUACUACCCCCCGCCGCUGGCACCCCCAAUAGGCAUCCCCCCGCGCCCGGCGAGCGCAGAGCCCCCCGCCUCGCGCCCUCUGCACAGCUUCUACCCCUACCCCUACCCCGGCGCCCCGCACCCGCCGCUGCCUGCGCUACUACCACCUCCACCACAGGCAGAGUCGGAGGCGCGAGUGGAGGAGGCGCAGGUGCAGGUGGAGGAGGGCAAGGGCGAGCGCGCAUCGCGCUUCACGCACCAUCUGCGCAUGACGUCGCGCCACCGCUCCGUGUCGCCCCAGUCGCACCGCUUCCCCGUCCCCGUGCCCAUGCCCGCGCCCGCGCUCGUGCCGCAGGCUGUAGCACUUGCAGGUCUCACGGGCUUGCCUGCCACGAUGAACACAGCCCACACGACCCAUGUGCAUAUCCCGCAUACGACGGCGAGCGCGAGCACGCUCCCAGGCCCCUCCCCUGUUCCUACCGCUCCCACCACUACCACCACCACGGACGUCCCGUCCUCCGCACGCUCGCGCACGUACAGCGACGCGCUCCCUCCCCCGCUCGCGAUUCCGCCCUCUCCGAACAGCCGCAACCACAGCCCAAGCCCUAUCCACAGUCCCGCAGGCGAGGUCCUCUCCCCGCGUCCCAUGGCCUCGCCAAAGCAGACGCUUGCACCCGCCCCAGGGCCGUCCGCCCUCCAGCAGCAUCCGCAUGGGCAGCAGCCGCGCUCGCUCAGCAAGAGCGCGCGCGUGGCGGAGCUCGAGCGCAUGGCCGCCGCCGUCGAGCGCGCGACGCGCGACUUGUCGGGCGACCUCCCGAAGGAUGCGCAUGCGUAUGCGGGGGAGGUGGACGUGGAGGACGACGUGGACGGGGUCGGUGACAUGCACAUGGACAAGACGCUCCCCAGCCCGCCCGUGCCAUCCGGCAAGGCGCGCGCGCGCGGGGCUGCGCGGCCGCCUCACGUUGAUACGCUGUUCGCGCCGCCCCACCAACCGCCGGUGCUCCCGACGACAACAACGACAACAGCGACGUACGCACACCCCGACGCCGCGGCGCCAAAGACGCCCGCGCUGUCUGCGCUGUCACUGCUCAAGCCGCCUCGUGGCGGUGCGAGCGUAUCCGCGGGCGCGGGGGCUGAGAGCGGGCUGGACGCGCUCGAGCGGCGGCUCCUGGCGGAGGUCGGGACGCGGAAGCUCGACGAUGCGCAGGUGCAGCAGCACCAGCAGCACAGCGACCAGUAUCAGCGGCAGAGGCGCGUGGACGCGCGGGCGGCGGUGCUGCCCAUUUCGAUCCCGCCACGGGGCGUGGCGGACGUGGACGCGGACGCGGUGAACGACUCUGCGAUCUCGAGUUUGACGCUUGGGAUCGGGGCUGAGUUUGGGGAGCGCGAGCGGGAGGGGGAGCAUGGCGUAGGUGCGGGUGCGGGUGUGGGUGUGGGGCUGAGUUUGGGUGCGGGUGGGUUUGCGAAUGGGGGUGUGGGAGUGGGUGGUGCGGACGGAGAUGGGGACGGGGAGCACGAGAUUUCGGACGAGCGGACGCAGAAGCAGGGCAGGGGAAGUAAUAGCCACUCGGGCGAGAGCGAGCGGGGCACGCGGAAGGGCAAGGCACGGAGCGUCGCGUCCUCCAAGGGCCGGAGCAGGGGCAAGGAGAAGGAGAAGGAGAAAGAACGAGAGCGGCGAAGCGGGCGGAAGAAGGACGGACGGGACGAGGAGGCGCUGAAGCUGCGCAAGGCGGCCAAGGGGCGCGUCGCGGACUGGCUGAACAGGAUCGACCCGGACGUGCCGCCGCCACCCGUCGACUCGCCGCGCACCGAGUCGCCCGCCCCCGCGUCGCCCGCCGUGCCGGGCGUCCCACUGAUACCGCCAGUCCCGCCGCCCUCGUCGUCUCCUGUCCCUCCUGCCGACGUCGAUCCAUCAGAUGCAAAAGAGGCAGACGCAGAACGCCAGGACGCUUCUUCCGCACCCAAUCCCCGCUCCUCCGGCUUCGUCCCCCUCUCCACGCUCCGCGCGCGCCAGGCAUCGCCCUCUAGGGACGAGCAUCCUGCCUCGUCCGCGUCUUCCGCCACCGCACGCGACGGCCGCCCCACGACCGCCCACAAGCCGCCCACCUCCCCGCUGUCCCCGCGCGCACGCUUCGAGGCCGCGCUGCGCAACACGCCUCCGCCUGCGCUAAACCCCAAGCCCCCGCUCAAGAAACUCAACUCCCCCCCGGUGUUCCCCCCUCGCCCAGCAGACUCGCCCGCGAAAUACGACGUCCGCUCCGCGCGCGGCGGGCGGGGCGGGCGCGUCACCGCAGUCACCGCCAUCUGGGCCUCCGCCUCUGCUACCAACACGAGUACGCCCUCGUUGCCCGGCGCCCGCUCUCCGCCCCCGGUAGCGGCGCCGAAGCCGAAUGCCCUGCUCUGCCUGCCUCGCUCAAGGCCAGGCGCCGCGACCCCGAAGAUGUCGUCCCCGCUGGCGAGUCCCGGCCCGUCCAAGGCGGCGUCCGUGCCUGCGGUCGUGUCUUCCUCCCUUGCCACGCCUAUGCUCUCGUCGACGGCGUCGCUCUCGCGCCCGCCCGCGCCCGGGAGCGCGCAGCCUAGUGUGCCGCCGCGCGUGCCUCCGAUUGUGGAGGCUCCGCCGCGGACGGCAGCGGCGGUGCAGACUCAGGCGCAGGGCAAGGCGGAGGAAGGGGUGGCCCCGGCGAGGGGCGGUGGGCUGGCGUUUGGGCAGGCGCGGUUGCGGGAUUUGAUUCGGAAGUACCAGGGCCAGGUCGCGUCGUAG